AUGGCAGCAUUAGAAAAUUUUUUAAUUUUAAGAGAUGGAAUUAACCAAUCAAAAUUUAUGGAAAUGUUUGAAAAAUUUUUUCAUGAAAAUGUUGUAAUGAUCCAAAAUGGAGCCAUCAUAGAGGGAAAAGCCAAAAAUAGAGAAAUCCAAGAAAACUUUAUUAAAAACUCUGUUAUUCAUGAAAUUAAAAUUGUUUCAUUUGAAGAAAGGGGAGACACUAUUGUUUAUCAAAUGGUAAUGAAUUUUGAAAUUGGUGGUCAUGUAAUUAACAAAAACCAAGAGGUUCAUCAAACUUGGGAAUAUGAUAAAGUUAUUAGAGAAUUAUAUGUUUAG